AUGGCGGAUGAGCUCCCUGACGCUGACACCCUGCGUAUUCUGAUCCUUACUGACACCCAUGUCGGCUUCAAUGAGAAAGACAAGGUUCGUGGGAAAGACUCCUUGGAGACACUUGAGGAAGCUCUGCAGAUCGGAAAGAAUGGCCGAGCAGAUCUCAUUCUGCACGGUGGGGACCUGUUCCAUGAGAACAAGCCAUCCAGGGGAUGUCUCUUCAGAACCAUGAACCUUCUGAAACAGUACACGAUGGGUUCUGGAGAGGUGGCCUUCGAGGUGGUCAGCGAUCCGGCCUGCUUCGGCACCGGCCAGGUCAACUACAAGGACCCCAACUUGAACGUCGAGUGCCCUUUCUUCAUGAUUCACGGAAAUCAUGACGACCCUGGCGGAGAGAGCAAUCUCUGUGCAGCGAACAUCUUGGAGGUGGGCGGCCUGUGCAACUACUUCGGGCGCCAUGAAGACCUCGAGGACAUUAUCAUCAGGCCAAUCUUGCUGGUCAAGGGCAAGACCCGAGUGGCGAUCUACGGCCUUGGCAACAUCCGAGAUGAGCGGCUGCAUAGAGCUUUCCAGGCGAAAAAGGUCCGCUUCGAGACUCCCGUGGACACCGAGAAGUGGUUCCACGUGAUGAUCCUGCACCAGAACAGGCACAAGGGAAACAAAGGUGCGGUUCCCAGCAAGGCGUGCAUCCACGAGGAGAUGCUCCCUUCCUUCUUGGAUCUGGUCAUCUGGGGCCACGAACACGACUGCCAGGUGAAGCCACAGGAGUCGCUGCGUGGAGAGUUCUAUGUGAUGCAGCCUGGCUCUUCUGUGGCCACGUCGCUGUCUCCACAAGAAGCAGGGUUGAAGCACGUCGCCUUGAUUGACGUCAAGGAGGGCGUGUUCAGGUGCAAUCCAGUACCGCUUUGGACAGUGAGACCGUUGGUGAUGCGAGACAUCGUGCUCUCCGAGACAGGCCUCUUGAAGACAGACACCCAGGCCAUCUGGAAUGCACUCUCCGGUGAGGUCGACUCGAUGAUAGCUCAAGGUGAGGAAGAAAUUCAGAGGCGCAAGAAGGAGUUGGAGGCUCGCGGAAAGUUUGGCCCCAAGAAGCUGGAGGUGCCAGAGCUUCCGUUGGUGCGACUUCGAGUGGAACAUUCGGGGUUCGACACCAUCUCCGGCGCAACCUUCGGCAACCAAUUUGUGGGCCGGGUAGCGAACCCGGAUGAAGUGCUGCUUUUCCAUCGGCGUGCCGGCGGUGGUGCAACAGGAAGCCGAAAGGUCCAAGGCCUCGGCGACAUCCUCGAAAUUGAGGAAAACACAAUGCCGGGCGACGAUGGUGUUAAGAUUCAGGACAUCAUCUACAAGUACAUAGAAGGUGAGCAGAACCUCCAGGUUCUUCCUGAACCAGAUCUGAACGACGCCGUGCCGCACCCAGUUCACAGUGCAGACUCUCAAGUCAAGAUGCAUCGAGUUCUUCGACGGCCUUCGCCUGAAGCAUGCUCAGCUGUUCUGCGACAUGUUUCUGAGAUGUGCUUGUGUUGA